GGAAGGCAGCAUCCUAGCAAAAUAUGGAAGAAGUGAAGCUACUAGGAGCUUGGCCUAGUACAUUCAGUUACAGAGUUCUUUGGGCUCUGAAACUCAAGGGAGUAAGUUAUGAAUUUGUAGAAGAGAAUCUCUCCAACAAAAGUGAGUUGCUUCUACAGUAUAACCCAGUUCACAAAAAGAUCCCAGUGUUAAUCCAUGGUGGAAAGCCAAUAGCAGAGUCCACUAUCAUUCUUGAGUACAUAGAAGAGACAUGGCCACAGAAUCCCUUGCUCUCAGAAGAUCCUUAUGAGAGAGCUAUGGCUAGAUUCUGGACCAAGUUUGGAGAGGACAAGAGCCCAACGUUUUUUGCCUUCUUUCAAACUGUUGGAGAGGAACAAGAGAAGGCAACAAAAGAAUUCAAAGAACUGCUAGGAAUCAUAGAAGAGCUUGGCCUUGGUGACAAGAAAUUUUUUGGGGGUGACAAAGUUGGAAUGACUGACAUAGCCUUUGGAUGGAUAGCUGGCUGGCUUCAACCCAUGGAGGAAGCAGUUGGUGUCAAGCUGCUGGAACCUGGUAGCUUCCCUCGUUUACAUCUAUGGACUCAGAAUUUCAAGGAAGUUGCCGUCAUCAAAGAGAACCUUCCUGAUUAUGAUGAAAUGUUGGCCUAUUUCAAAAGUCUAAGGCAGAUGUUUAUGGCACUAGCAAAAUCAGAGACCAUUAUUUGUAUUUUUCCACCAAGAUGAAUGCUUCUAGUAAUGACGAUUGAAAACAUCCAUCGCAGGAAACAUCAUAUAUUAAAUUUAUGUAUGAUUACAGAAAAGAGUUUAUUUAACUUCAAUUAUAAGCUCUUAUGCCUUGUGUAUAGCCCACUUCGUUUCAGCCAGUUUGAGGUGAGAUCAGAAUGAAAAGUUACCAUUGCAAGAGCAAGAGCAAGAGCAAGAGCCCUAAACAUGAUUGCAACUACCACUUCGAAACUAGAGAGCUUCUCCUUGAGAUGUAAUGUCCUGAGUUGAUGGACGCUAAUGCACUCCAAUGCCACAUUUCAGCGUCACACAUCCACAGCCAGCGGAAAACCGUUCUUACAUCCACAGCCUCUUGGUGGGUGCUCGUGGACAGCUGGGCUAAACGCAGGAUUAAUCCACUUAGCAUUGAAACAUCGCCACGAGUUUUGGCUAAACAAGGUUCACAGUGCAUUUAUGUAACAACUUUUGUGAAUUCAAUAUACAGUUCAACGAAAGAGAUCCAUAUGAAUAACUUGAAAUUAAAUCUAUGUCAAUGAAGUAAAAAAAAAAAA